UUUGAACUUUGUUAGCGAUCCGUACUAAUUCAUAAGAUUUGUCUAAUAUUGAGUUACAUAUAUAUUAUAACUAUUAGAUAACUGUAACAAUAUAAGCGACAUUUAUCGCUUACCAUUUCCCAUUUGUAGAACUCAUCAGUUGAAAUGGAGUUGGCGUUUAUACUUUUUGCUACGCUGCUGGCGUUUCUGGACUCCGCGCACAGCACGGACUACUGCAAACCGGAUUUAUGUCGCAAAGGAAAGCAUACCGCCUGCAACAACGAUGGGAAAUUCAGCGAAGAUUGCGUAAAUCCGAGGGAGAUACAAUUCACACCCGUGCAAAAGGACGCUCUCAUUCAAAUGCACAAUGAGAAACGGAACACUGUAGCGGGUGGUGACACGAAAUUGAAGCCAGCUUGUCGCAUGGCCACCAUGGAUUGGGACGAUGAGUUGGCCUCUCUGGCAAUGCUACAUGCGAAGCGAUGCGAAAUCGAUCACGACCCCUGUCGCAACACCGACACCUUUCUGCAUUCGGGUCAAAAUAUAGCUUGGAUGAAUUUCUAUGGCACACCAAAUAUAACGAUUAUGUCGAAGCGUUCGAUUGAUUUGUGGUUCAAUGAAAUUAUGGACACUGAACAGGCAUUUGUCGAUAAAUAUCCGCGCGGAUAUAAUGGACCUGCCAUCGGUCAUUUCACCGUUAUGAUGGCCGAUAGAAAUAUUCGCCUGGGCUGCGGUGCGGUCAUCUACAAGGAGCAAGGAGAUAAUUUCGAAGGUUUCCUGCUCAUUUGUAACUAUGCCACAACAAAUGUUAUUGAUUUCCCCAUUUAUAAAUCGUGUACGGAACCUGCGACCGAAUGUAAAAGCGGUAAAAAUCCAGUUUUUCGAAAUCUUUGCUCAACAAGUGAAACAUACGAUGUCAAUAAUUUUGUGUAGUGCAUGUGAGUUGUAAUAAAAUACGAAAAUUUA